GUAUAAGCCUAUGCAGAAAGUGGAUGGCGUUGCAGAUGGCUUCACAGGAAGUGGUCAGCAGACAGGCACAUCUGUUGAACAAACUGUAAUUGCCCAAAGUCAACAUCAUCAGCAGUUUUUAGAUGCAUCUCGAGUACUUCCAGAGUUUGGAGAAGUUGAAAUACCUUCUCUGCCAGAUGGUACUACCUUUGAGGACAUCAAAUCACUGCAGAGUCUUUAUCGAGAGCACUGUGAGGCAAUACUGGAUGUGGUUGUGAAUCUUCAAUUCAGCCUGAUAGAAAAAUUGUGGCAAACUUUCUGGCGCUAUUCUCCCUCUGCUCCACCUGAUGGCAGUACUAUUACUGAAUCAAGCAAUCUAAGUGAAAUAGAAAGUCGACUUCCAAAAGCAAAGCUGAUUACUCUGUGCAAGAAUGAGUCUAUUCUGAAAUGGAUGUGUAACUGUGACCAUGUGAUGUACCAGGCUUUAGUGGAGAUUCUUAUUCCUGAUGUCCUUAGACCUAUUCCUAGUGCCUUGACCCAAGCCAUUCGCAAUUUUGCAAAAAGCCUUGAAGGUUGGCUUUCAAAUGCCAUGAACAAUAUUCCACAGAGGAUGAUACAAACCAAGGUUGCCGCUGUAAGUGCCUUUGCCCAGACUCUGCGAAGAUACACAUCUCUUAAUCAUCUGGCUCAAGCAGCUCGUGCUGUGCUUCAAAAUACUUCUCAAAUUAACCAGAUGCUCAAUGAUCUUAACCGUGUUGAUUUUGCCAAUGUUCAGGAGCAGGCUUCCUGGGUGUGCCAGUGUGAUGACAACAUGGUUCAGAGACUAGAAACAGAUUUCAAGAUGACUCUUCAACAGCAGAGCACUCUGGAGCAGUGGGCUGCCUGGCUUGAUAAUGUAAUGAUGCAAGCACUGAAACCAUAUGAAGGAAGACCCAGCUUUCCUAAAGCAGCACGGCAAUUUCUGUUAAAAUGGUCUUUCUACAGCUCAAUGGUGAUUCGAGAUUUAACCUUGCGAAGUGCUGCUAGCUUUGGCUCUUUUCAUCUGAUCCGCUUGCUUUACGAUGAAUACAUGUUUUACUUAGUAGAACAUCGUGUUGCUCAGGCAACAGGAGAGACACCUAUUGCAGUUAUGGGAGAGUUUGGUGAUUUAAAUGCUGUGUCCCCUGGAAAUAUGGAUAAAGAUGAGGGCAGCGAAGUUGAAAGUGAAAUAGAUGAAGAGCUGGAUGAAAAUGGAGAGCCACAAGCCAAGAGGGAGAAAACAGAGCUAAACCAAGCAUUCCAGGUGGGCUGCAUGCAGCCAGUGCUAGAGAGUGGAGUACAGCAGAACCUACUGAACCCAAUUCAUAAUGAGCACAUCGUUGCAACUACUCAGACUAUCAGACAGUGCAGUGCUACUGGAAAUACAUAUACUGCAGUCUAAUAUGAAACCUCCCCCCCCCGCCAACACACACCGCAUUACAAUAGUCCUUUGGGUUUAAUA